GAUAGUGAGGAGUCCAGUGUAAAGACCUUGCUGGCAGCAUACUUGUAAUAACCUACGUGUGUUGUGUUUUCGGCGCUGCAGAAGCUUUUUGGAGCGUCAUUCUUUAUGAAUUACACACAGAGCAGGAGGCGUCUCUUUACAUUUAGUUGUCUUAUCUGUGUUGAGAGGACGAUGCCUUUGAGGACCGGACUUUUUCUCCUGAUGGUGCUGAACGCAUCUGCAUAUGAACUGGAUCAAAACGAGUCUUAUUCGCCCAGGAGAACACGCUUUUCUGCCAAUAGCCCUUCAGAUGUGGCACGCUGUCUCAACAGUGCCCUCCAAGUUGGCUGCGGAGCCUUCGCCUGCCUGGAAAACUCAACUUGUGACACAGAUGGCAUGCAUGACAUCUGCAAGUCCUUCCUAUACAGUGCUGCUAAAUUUGACACUCAGGGUAAAGCAUUUGUGAAGGAGAGCCUUAAGUGCAUUGCCAAUGGCAUCACCUCGAAGGCAUUCCCCACCAUCCGCCGCUGCUCCACCUUCCAAAGAAUGAUAUCUGAAGUCCAAGAGGAGUGUUACAGCAAGCUGGACAUCUGCACUGUGGCCCGAUCGAAUCCAGAUGCUAUUGGCGAAGUGGCACAGCUACCAAGUCACUUCCCAAAUAGGUUUUAUGGUAAGCUGCUACAGAGCCUGAUGGACUGUGAUGAGGACACAGUGGACCGCGUUAGGACCAGCAUGGUGUCGCGGCUGGGCCCAGAGAUGACCAUGCUUAUUCAGCUGCUGCAGAACAAGCCCUGCCCAUCCACUGCUGUGGCUGCAGCUGCCGCCAUCCCAACUGGAGUGGAGGGCCGUGGGAGCUGGCGCUGGUCCAUGGGUCCCCAUAUGUACAAGAUCCAGCCUAAUCUGCGAAACAGAGACUCUGCCAGUCAUUUUGGCAAAAAGCGCUCAGCCAGUGACAGCUCCUAACUUCCACUCAGAUUCAGAAACUCCACACACUCCUCAAAACAUCACGAAAGCUCCUCUAUUCCCUAGGGGUGAUAGAAAUCCAUUCCUUCGCUAGACUGGAAUUUACAGAAAUAUGCACCUCUAGGGAAUGCCGGAACGCCCAUAGAGUUGAUAUCAGAGUUUGAUUGUUGUUAUAUUGUAUAUCCUACACUUUAGGCUUGAGAGAACCCCCCUUUCCAUCGAGUACGCUCACAGUUAGUGUUGAACAUGUGGCUGUUGCAUAUGUGCGACGUGGUCCUGUUCACUCCUCGUCACCUCCUCCAACAGAGAUGAAUCCUUAAGAUGUCUUUUGAUGCCAAGCAGAAAAAGAAAAAAAAAAAACACAGCCAUAGUGGUUCACGCCUCUAGAGCACAAGUCCAGAAUCUCAUAAUCUCAACAUUUGUUCAUGAAUAGAAAUCAGUAGUUGGAUUAUUAGUUAGUAUUGAUAGGAAUGGGACAUUAUUGGUAGACGUAUCUUAAUAUUUCAGAGGUGGGACCAGUCAAAUUGUGAGCAUGAGACGUGGAAAUGAGUUUCAUAUCUAUUUUCUGACUAACAUAACAGUUAAAUGUACUGUAUACUAAGUUAUCUGAGACAGCCAUAGCUAGCCCUCUAAAAGAGAGUGCUCAAACGGAGUGAGGUCUGUAGAGGUUUCAUGACAACCUUUGAGAGGUUACCUUAAACUGACCAAAAAACUUCAAACUGCCCUGAAUGCUAUUCAUGAAAUACCAAAAUAGUGUAUAGCUAUAGCACUUAUAAUUGUUUUGUUUUGUUCCUGAUGGCAGAUGUAGCCAUGGUCAUGUGUUUCAAGUCAUCAUCCUGCACAUAAGGAUUGUCCAGGUCGUGGCCAAGUCUAACUAUCAGAAAAAGUCCAUUUUGCAUAUCUUGUAUCCAGACACUUGUAAUGCAUAUGACUGUUGAGCUCUACGGUAUACAGUAUGUGGGACCAUGUUUAGUGGAAUCUGUAUCCAUGUUCUUAACUGAGCGUGAAGCAGCCGUGUAUGUGCGGUAGCUCAUUAGCAUGUUCACCGAUGAGACUGAGAGCAGCCAUCUUCUUGGACUGAUGAUCAUCAUUCUCUGAGGUGAAUAACGUGACAUACACGCUGGCUUCCUAUGUCAAGAUUGAGAGUGACUAUUUAAAAAAAAAAAAAAAAGCCUUGUUGGAAUGAUAUUUAUUUUCCUACUAUAUUAUUUAAUGUUUUUUUAUUUUAAUGCAUUAUUGUAGUUUUAAUUAGUUUACAGAUUUAAAAAAAAAAAAAAAAUAAGCAGUUCAGUCAUGGCUCCUAUUUGAACAUGAGCUCUAUGCCAAAAAAAAAAUAGAAAAAAAAAAGGAAAAAAAAAGGUGAGCUGACACUCUGGUGACUGAAUGGGACCCAUGUCAUGACUCUGUGCUGGCCAUAGGGGAACACGGUCGGUCAUUCAAGUCAGGUGAUUUAUUUUAGGGGUGUUACAAGGGACCACAACAAAACGAUAGCUUCAUUUUGACACACGUUCUGGGUGGAAAAAAAAAAAAAAGG